AGGCAAGCCGGCGGACAGCCCCGAUGGGGCUUGGCAGAGUCCUGGAGCCGGCCAAGAUGGCUGCCCCCAUGGCGAGCUCGGCGCGCUGCCUCUGGAGGCUGGGAGCCGGAGUACGGAGGACUCUCCAGCCUCUACCGGGACUGACACAGGUGAGAUGGAGCCGCUAUGAUAUUAAUUAUAAGGAACCCCAGCUUAAUAAAGACUACUACCUUAAGCCCUUGGAGAAGCUGACUGAGGAGGAGAAGUUUGAGCGGGAUCUCAGAACCACACAGAUCUUCAAAGCUCCCCCACCAUCAAAGACAAGCUCUUUGUUUGAAGACCCAGUGAUCAGUAAAUUCAUCAACAUGAUGAUGAAAGGAGGAAACAAAGUACUGGCCAGAUCCCUGAUGACUGAGACUCUGGAACUCCUCAAGAGAAAGCAAUUUCAAAAAUACCACGAAGCCACUGCAGAGCAGCGGGAAUCCAUUGAAUGCAACCCUUACACAAUCUUCCACCAAGCCCUACAGAACUGUCAGCCUGUCCUAGGCCUGGUCAGCAUUUUGAAAGGUGGCCGCUUCUAUCAGGUCCCAGCCCCUCUGACUGAGAAGCGCAGAAGCUUCUUGGCUAUGAAAUGGAUGAUUCUAGAAUGCCGGGAGAAGAAACCUCGCCGAAUGCUAAUGCCAGAAAAGCUGUCUCAUGAGUUACUGGAGGCCUUUCACAACCAAGGCCCUGUCGUCAAGAAGAAGCAUGAGUUGCACAAGAUGGCAGAAGCUAACCGAGCCUUUGCCCACUACCGUUGGUGGUAAAAGGUGGAAAGGCUUGAGCCCCAAGGUGAGAACCUGAUACCAUGUGCUCAGCCUUCUGCCUUUCUGCUGUUGGACUUCUGCUGUUGGAAGGUUAAUCAGAGCAGAGAAAGAUCAUUUUUUUUUUUUUUUUUUACCACUUGCGUAGAGGGUAUCACCAACCAUGGAGGUUUCAAUUUGAAUGGUUAGAAUUAAUUGUAAUGCAAUAGCUCCAAAUCUCCCCUCUUGUAAUCUUGCCAUUCUCAGCUGUUCUUAACAGAAAUGAUAGUAAAUAAUCCAUUUAGUACCAGUUGGUAAAAGGCCGGUAAAAUGUAUGGGGGAGACAUGCGAGUAACAUUACUCAAGCAUGCCAUCCUAUUUGGCUUCUUCUCCUCACCCUCAUGUCACAUUGCCUUCAUAAGGAGGAAAGGACACAGGCUUCAUUCAGCUCUGCAGAGCUAUGUUUCCUUUGCCUCAAUUCUAGUCGAACCUUUGGCUUUUGGAAAAAAAGAGGCAGCAUUCACUUUAGAAAAGGUUUACUAGAAAAGUCUACACUGGUUCAUAAUAAAUUAUAUAUAUGAUAUAUAUAUAUUUUUAAAUCCCACGCUGAACCAGUGUUUUGGUCAGCAGCUCAUUAAAACUCGUCUGGAUAAAAUACCCUUGUUCCCCAAGUCAUUUUUAUACAAAAAUUAUUUUAAAAAAACAAACAAAAAAAAAA